AUGGAGCAUAUGCUGCAUUUGUUCCAAGCAGAUUUGAUAGAAGAAGGAUCUUUUGACGCUGCAGUUGAUGGAUGUGAAGGUGUUUUUCAUACAGCAUCCCCUGUUCUAUUUUCAGCCACUAACCCUCAGGCAGAAUUAAUUGACCCUGCAGUGAAGGGAACCCUUAAUGUUCUAAAAUCGUGCGUAAAAUUCGCUACCGUCAAGAGGGUAGUUUUAACAUCUUCUAUGGCUGCAGUCAUUUUCAAUGGAAGACGAUUGACCCCUGAUGUAGUGGUUGAUGAAACAUGGUUUUCAGAUCGUCUUGUUUGUGAGAAUUUGAAGGAAUGGUAUUUUCUUUCAAAAACUUUAGCUAAGGAGGCUGCUUGGAAAUUUGCUAAAGGAAAUGGGAUUGACUUGGUUACCAUAAAUCCAUCUUGUGUGAUUGGUCCACUCUUACAACCAAGUCUUAAUGCCACUGUGGAAAUGGUUCUGAAUCUCAAAAAUGAUAUACCAGAUGUAACCAGUUCAAAUUAUUUGUCAACUGAUGUUAGAGAUGUUGCGUCUGCUCAUGUUCAAACAUUUGAGAUUCCUUCAACUACUGGAAGAUAUUGUUUAGUUGGACAUGUUACACCCAUGUCCAAGGCUCUCAAGAUUUUACAUGAACUUCAUCCCACUCUUUUUCCACCUGAAAAGUAA